AUGGAUCCCUUGUCUUGGCCAUCAGAACCUAACAGCUUUCGACGUUUCACUCCUGAGUCCCUGAAAGCAAUUGAGGAGAGAAUUGCUAAGAAGAAAAAUCAGCAAAAAGAAGUUAAAAGGGAGAAUAAGGACCAAGGAAUUGAAGAAGAAAAGCUUACUCCUCAGCUUGAUCUGAAAACCUACAAAACGCUGCCAUCUCUGUAUGGGGACCUCCCUGCAGAGCUCAUUGGUGAACCACUGGAGGAUUUUGAUCCAUACUACAGUGAUCACAAGACUUUUAUGGUGAUAAAUAAACACAGGACUAUUUUCCGGUUUACUGCCACACCUGCCCUGUGUAUAUUUGGUCCUUUUAAUCCAGUCAGAAAAACAGCAAUUAAGAUUAUGAUCCAUUCAAUUUUUUUUGCCAUUAUUACAUGUACCGUGUUACUCAAUUGUGCUGUUAUGACCCAACCUCAGCUUCUGGAAUCACUCAACUGGACUGAAUAUGUUUUUACUGCCAUAUAUUCUACUGAAAUAGGGAUUAAAAUAAUGGCAAGAGGAUUUGUUUGGAAUGAAUUUACCUUUCUUCGAGAUCCAUGGAACUGCUUGGAUCUUUCUAUUAUUAUUGUAAUGUAUAUUACAAUCUUUCAAAGUACAGGCAAUGUUUCAGCUCUUCGAACUUUCAGAGUACUGAGGACUUUGAAAGCUAUUUCAGUAAUACCAGGUCUGAAAGUCAUCGUAAAUUCACUUGUUGAAUCUGUUAAGAAACUUGCUGAUGUGUUGAUCUUGACUUUAUUUUGCUUGAGUGUAUUUGCUCUAAUAGGCCUCCAGCUUUUUAUGGGCAAUUUAAAAUCCAAAUGUGUCCUCAAUACAGCUGUGUACAAUGACUCAGUAUGUGUAGAUCCCAAGAUAUAUACAAGAAAUAGUACAGGUAAAUUUUCUUCUUUUCUCUCUUUACAUAAUCUAGUGAAUAACUCUUCUGAAAUAUUGCUCUGUGGGUACAGUUCAGAGCCCAAGUAAUGCCCCAACAGCUAUAAUUGCACGAAUAUUGGGAAGAAUCCUGACUUUGGUUAUACAAGUUUUGAUCAUUUUGGCUGGGCCUUCCUUUCUGUAUUCCGUGUGAUGACACAGGAUAACUGGGAGCGUCUCUACAGACAAACUAUCCGUACCUCUGGAGUGACCUGCAUUUUUUUUUUUAUGGCUGUCAUCUUUUUCUGCUCAUUUUAUCUCUUCAAUCUGAUCUUGGCUGUAGUAACUAUGGCAUAUGAAGAGCAAAACAGAGCUACUCUUGCUGAAACAGUGGCAAAGAAAAAACUGCUUCAGGAUGCCCAACAAAUUAUAGAGAAAGAACAGGUGGCUGCAGGAGAAAGCAGUGAGGCCUCACAUGUCCGAUCUGAAAUGCCAGUCGCUGACUUGAAGAAUUCAAAAGGAAAAGAGUUUGAAAAAGAAGCACCUGUUUUAAGACAAGACUUAAUUUUAGGUGAUCAGGACAAAGAGGAGCAGAGGCAGAUCCUGAUGUCCUAUGAUGUGUCAGUGGACUCUAUUAAUGAUCCUCUGCGCCGACAGAGGUUAAUGAGUGCAGCCACUAUUAUUACAGAUAAUUCACAAUCAAAACCGAAAUGUCCUACAUUUUGGAAGUGUUUUGCUCAGAAGUAUCUAAUUUGGAAUUGUUGUCCAUUCUGGAAAGCAGUAAAAGAGAAGGUGCAAUUGGUAAUUUUGGAUCCGUUUGUUGAUCUCUUAAUCAUGGUUUGCAUUGUCUUGAAUACCUUGGCUAUGGCUAUGGAGUACCCUGGCAUGCCACCCAAUUACCAAAUAAUGAUCUAUAGAAGUGACAAGGUCUUCACCCUGAUUUUUACAGUAGAAAUGAUCUUGAAAAUAAUUGCUCUAGAUCCUUACUACUAUUUUCAGAAAAAGUGGAAUGUUUUUGAUAGCUUGGUUGUUUUGAUUGGCCUAUUAAGCUUUGAAGCAAAUCUGUCAUAUUUAAGGCUGCUCAGAAUCUUCAAGUUGGCAAAGUCCUGGCCAGCCUUAAACACUCUUAUGAGAAUAAUUCUAAACUCAUUUGGUGCCCUGAGUAACCUCACUCUGGUUUUGGCUAUCACUGUAUUUAUUUUUGCUGUGGUAGGAAUGCAGUUUUUGAGUGGUGACUACAAGAAUAAUUUCUGGAAAAUAAGCACCAGUAAAAAUUUGCGCUGGCAUAUGAAGGAUUUUAGUCAUUCACUCCUGAUUAUAUUCCGAAUAUUAUGUGGAGAAUGGAUUGAAACCAUGUGGGAAUGUAUGGAAGUGGCUGGAAAAGCGAAAUGUCUUACCAUUUUCUUGCUAGUCCUGGUGAUAGGAAACCUGGUGGUGCUCAACCUAUUCAUUGCCUUGCUGCUGAGUUCAUUCAAUACUGAUGCCCCAGAGGGACAAGAGGAGCCUGAAGAAGGGACUAAAUGUCAGAUUGCAAUUGCACGGAUUUGCAAGGGCCUGAAGUCUGUGAAGGACAGAAUUUUGGAUCUUUCAGCAGAGACUCACACAUACACAGGUGAUGAUGAGCACAUUGUAUGCACAAAAAAAGAAUACAGGAAAGAGGGAGAUAGAUUAAGGCAUAGAGAACCGUUCCGGCAUUCAAGCAGCUUCAAUCAGAUUUCUGGGACUCCUGAAACUGUAAAUGUUUACACAGUAACACACAAAAAAAAAGAACAAAAAGAGAAACGUCGCUGUUCUGUAGCCAGCACUGCAGAUCCAGUUGUUCUUCUGGAGAUGUUUUCCCAGCCUGAAAACUCACAUCUGCCUAAGAACUGUUUUUCAGAAAGCUGUGUUAAAUGGUUCCCAUGUUGUACAGUGGAUAUCACUAAGUCUCCAGGAAGAAUCUGGUGGAAUUUCAGAAAAAACUGCUACAGAAUUGUUAACCAUAGCGGGUUUGAAUAUUUUGUGAUUUUUAUGAUAAUAUUGAGCAGUGCAGCACUGGCAUUUGAAGAUAUUCACCUGCAGAAGAGAAAAAAAGUGAAAAUUAUCCUAGAAUAUGCUGAUAAAAUAUUUACCUACGUCUUUUUUAUGGAGAUGCUUCUGAAAUGGGUAGCUUAUGGUUUGCACAGUUAUUUCACAAAUUCCUGGUGUUUGCUUGACUUUGCCAUUGUAUGUGUAAGUAUUAUAUUCAGCUUGUCAUACAUUUUGAACUGGACACAGUACUCAGCACUGGGCAGCCUGAAAUCUCUAAGGACUUUGAGAGCAUUGAGGCCUCUACGAGCUCUGUCAAGAUUUGAGGGGAUAAAGGUUGUUGUGAAUGCACUCUUCGGAGCUAUCCCCUCAAUCAUCAACGUUCUGCUCGUCUGUGUUGUCUUUUGGCUCCUGUUUAACAUUGUAGGAGUAAAAUGGCUUGGAAAAAGAUUUUCAAAAUGCAUAUUAGAGGACAAAAAUGUCAAUAUUAGCAACAAAAGUGAUUGUACUUUCCAUGGUGGAAAAUGGACAAAUAACAUUGUAAACUUUGAUAAUGUUGGGAUGGGAUACUUGGCUCUUCUCCAAGUGGCGACUUUUAAAGGUUGGAUGGACAUUAUGUAUGCAGCAGUGGAUUCACGUGGGAUCGAUGAACAGCCGACGUUUGAAGCAUGCUUACCCAUGUAUAUAUACUUCGUGGUUUUCAUUAUUUUUGGAUCUUUUUUCAUGCUGAAUCUUUUCAUUGGAGUGGUUAUCAGCAAUUUUAACCAACAAAGGAAAAAGAUAAGUGGAAAGGAUCUAUUUUUGACAGAGGAACAGAAAAAGUACUAUAAUGCCCUAAAAAAACUUGGGUCCAAGAAGCCUCAAAAACCCAUCCCAAGACCAUCGAAUGCAUUCCUAGGACUGCUGUUUGAUAUUGUGUCGCACAAAGCAUUUGACAUCACCAUUGUGAUUUUCAUCUGUCUAAAUAUGGUUGUUAUGAUGGCAGAAAAUAACGAGAACAGCAUCAAGCCUUCCCUGAAUAAAAUCAACUAUUUUUUUGUGGUGGUGUUUGCUGCGGAAUGCGUCAUAAAGAUACUGGGCCUAAGGCAGUACUACUUCAGAAGCGGCUGGAACCUGUUUGACUUUAGUGUUGUGGUUCUUUCAAUAGUUAGUAUUGGAGUUUCUGAAGCCUUUGAAAAUUUAUUCUCUCCUACGGUUUUGAGAACUUUUCGUUUGGCACGAAUUGGUCGAAUCCUGAGAUUAGUUCGAAAAGCUAGAGGAAUUCGAACUCUUCUUUUUGCAUUACUGAUGUCUCUCCCUGCACUGGUCAACAUUGGUCUUUUGCUUUUUCUGAUUAUGUUCAUUUAUGCCAUUGUGGGCAUGGCAAAUUUUGCCUGUCUUCCCUUUGAAGGUGGGAUUGAUAACAUUUUCAACUUUCAAACCUUUUGUGGUAGCAUUCUCUGUCUCUUCCAAAUUACGACGUCAGCGGGCUGGGAUAGCCUUUUGGCCCCUGUGUUAAAAGAAUCAGAUACAUCAGAUACGUGUGCUCCUGGAUUAAAUUUAAAAGGCAAACAGAAAACAAGUUGUGCAAAUAUGUGGGUUGGUAUUUUAUAUUUUGUAAGCUAUGUCAUUCUAUCAUUUCUCAUUGUUGUAAAUAUGUACAUAGCUGUCAUUUUAGAGAACUUCAGUGUUGCCACUGAAGAAAGCACAGAUCCUCUUUGUGAGGAUGACUUUGAUAUGUUUUAUGAGACUUGGGGAAAAUUUGAUCCUCUGGCAACACAGUUUAUUGAAUAUUCUGCUCUUUCAGACUUUGCAGAUGCUCUGGCAGAGCCCUUGCGCAUUCCAAAGCCUAAUAAAAUUCAGCUCAUAGCCAUGGACCUCCCUAUAGUUAGUGGAGAUAAGAUCCACUGCCUUGAUAUCUUGCUUGCUUUCACUAAAAGGGUCUUGGGAGAAUCUGGAGAUUUGGAUAGUCUUGAAUUGCACAUGGAAGAAAACAUUGUGGUGGCCAAUCCACGUAAAAGUUUUCACAAGCCAAUUUCUUCUACUCUUAAAAGAAAACAAGAGGAGGUAUCAGCUCUUAUUAUUCAAAGGGCCUUCAGGAGGCAUUUGGUAGAGCGUUCUUUUAAGAAUACAUCUGUUUUACACCAUCGUAAAGAUUGUAACAGCACUGUCUCUGGAGAAGAAACACAGGACAAGCAAAGUCUUAUUGAAUCAAUGCAUACUGAAAAUAGUGGUAGGAAGCUAGAUAAGCCACGGCCUGCUUCUUCCAUAUCUCUCCCUUUAUUUUAUGAUGGUAUUGCUAAAACAGAUAGCAAUAAGCUGGACACAUAA